AAUGUACUGAUACGUUAAAAUUAUGAUUUGCACUUUGUUUAGCUUCUUAUAUCAAAUGUGGAACUUCUUAUGGUAAACAUUUGACAUCGGACUGAAUAUCACGUAGGACAAAAUGUAGGCAGGACUAAUCGAUUGACGAAGGUUGAGUGUGAAAUUUUAAAUGUAAUAGAGAGAAGAAUUCGUCUCGGUUUUGGGAAAGAUGUUCAUUCCUUAACUUUAAUUUUAUCUUUUUUUAAACGUGCAUUUUGGAUAACUGCGACUCGUGGCAUAUUUCGAGGAUAUUCUGAUCAUGGUGGAGAGCACUCCCUCUCCUCUGCCCGAAAGAGCAAUUUACGGGUUUGUUCUUUACCUUGGCUCCCACUUCGGCUUCUUUCUGUAUUGCCUGUGGGCAUUUAUACCAGAGGAGUGGCUUCAUUCAAUAGGACUGACUUACUGGCCUCAAAAAUAUUGGGCCCUUGCUGUGCCGAUCUAUCUGCUGGUUGCUUUAAUGAUCAGUGUGGUGUUGCUGUUUGGAGUCAACAUGAACAACACGGCUCCACUCGACUCCAUGGACACCAUCACAGAUGUGUAUGCUCAGGGCCAGAGGACACAAUGCUGCCACAAAGGGGGAAUACCCACACUGAAAGAUGUUUCAAUCAGUGAAGUCAACAAAAUGUUCUAUUUGUCACCCGAGGAAUAACAAGCACCAACUGUUUUUAGCUGGACGCACAGCAGAAGAGAAGCUGCUGGGGAUUUAUUGUGGUGUCACUAUUUAUCUAUUGUUAAUAAAAGAACAAUUAUACUUAUUUAUUUAUACAUGGA